AUGAAAGCACUCCUUUACUCCCCGAGUAGGAGGACACGCCGGCUGCGCGUAGCCCUUGCAUUAGUCAUCCUAAUUUGGAGUCUAGUGGAGGUUCUUCACAUUAAAUAUACCCUCGUGCAGCAGGCACACUCUGAUCCCGGAAUAUUGGGAGAUGAAAAAUUAUACAUUGCGGGCAUUCAUUGGAACAGCGAGAAAAUCCUCCGCGAGGCAUGGAUCCCAGCCGUGGUGGACCUGGCCAAUGCGAUUGGGCCCGAGAACGUCUUCAUCAGCAUCCAGGAAAGCGGCAGCUGGGACGAUACCAAAGGCGCCUUGCUCCACUUAGAUCAACAGCUUGCCGCAAAUAAUAUCUCAAGGGAAAUCAUCCUAGACAAGACGACCCAUCUCGACGAAAUCAGUAGACCUCCCACUGGCGAGGGCUGGAUCGAAACACCAAUCGGGAAAACCGAGCUACGCCGUAUACCCUACCUCGCCAACCUCCGGAAUCUAGUAUUGCAGCCGCUCUACGACAAGGAGAGCGAGGGGAUCAUCUACGACAAGAUCCUAUUCCUGAACGACGUGGUCUUCACCGCCAACGAUAUCACUAAACUCCUCUCAACGCGGGGAGGUAACUACGCCGCAACCUGCUCACUAGACUUCUCCAAACCGCCCAACUUCUACGACACCUUCGCCCUCCGCGACAGCGACGGCCACGACAUGCUCAUGCAAUCCUGGCCCUACUUCCGCUCGCGCGCAUCCCGCCACGCCCUGAAAACCAGCCAACCCGCCCCCGUCACCAGCUGCUGGAACGGCAUAGUGGCAAUGGACGCUUCUCCCUUCUACCAAAAUUCCCCGCUAAAAUUCCGUGGCAUCUCCGACAGCCUCGCAAAAUCCCACCUAGAAGGAUCCGAGUGCUGCCUGAUCCACACGGACAAUCCCUUAUCCCGGGACAAGGGGGUGUGGUUGAACCCCAACGUGCGGGUCGGGUAUAAUAUCCCGGCCUAUUUGGCGGUUAAUCCAGGGGAUGACGUGUGGCUUUCGGCGGGGUCGAUCUUUUGGGGGUUGUGGAUGAAUCGGAUGCUGAGGUGGUUUAGCACGCCGUGGUUUAAGGAGUAUGUUGUGUCGUCGCGGGUGGCGAGGUGGGAAGGGCAGGGGUCGGGGGAUAGGGAGAUGGGGCGUGUUUGUUUAGUUAAUGAGAUGCAGGUGUUGACGGAGAAUGGGUGGGCGCAUCGGUAG